AUGGCCUGCGACUACCAAUACGUCAAGGACAUGACCCCCGAGGGCUACUCCUUCCCCUCGCAUCGCCUCCAGCGCACUGGAGUUCCUUCGGACCGCACUCCCUUGGUCUUGGUCGCUUGUGGCUCAUUCUCCCCUCCAACAUAUUUGCAUCUCCGUUUGUUCCCCAUGGGCCGGGACCAUGGCAAGAAUGAAGGGUUCGAAGUCAUUGGCGGAUACAUGUCGCCAGUCUCCAGCGCAUACAAGAAGAAGGGCCUCGCUCCCGCCCAGGAUCGCGUCCGCAUGUGCGAACUAGCUACCGAAAAUAACUCCAAAUGGUUGAUGGUUGAUCCUUGGGAAGCCGAGAACUCGACCUACAUUCCCACGGCCCGGGUGCUCGAUCACUUCGAUUAUGAAAUCAACGAGGUAAUGGGUGGCGUUGAGUGCACUGACGGCACCCGCAAGCGCGCCCGUAUCGUCCUCCUCGCUGGCCUUGACCUCAUCCAGACUAUGUCAACUCCUGAUGUCUGGGAUGCCCGCGAUCUUGACCAUAUUCUCGGAAACUACGGCGUCUUCGCCCUUGAGCGCUCCGGAACCGAGCUUGACUCGGCCUUAGCAAACCUGAAGCAAUGGGAGAAGAACAUCCAUAUCAUGCGCCAGGUCGUCACCAACGACAUAAGCAGCACUAAGAUCCGGUUGCUUUUGAAGCGAGACAUGAGCAUCGAUUACCUGAUCCCUGAUGAUGUCAUAAACUAUAUUUAUGAGAAUAGCCACCUUUACCGCGACCUCGACAUGUCCAACGGCUCUAAGGGCAAGGAAAAGGCUGACUCUAGCAUGUCUGUGGCUGGUCCCAGCGAGGGUUGA